ACGUUGAAACACGCGAGCCACUUAUAUAAUUGCGUAAUAUCCGGCAGAACUCAAACGCCUUAACAGUCACGUGAAAGUCGCAAGAAAACCGGAAAUGCAACUGAGUUACAGUAAAAACAAGGCAAGCAGAGAAUGACGACUGCGGCUCUAACGGCGGGUCUGGAGCGGAUCCCAGAUCAGCUCGGUUACCUGGUUAUUAGCGAGGACGGCGUUCUGGCUUCUGCAGGUGAGCUGGAGAAUGAUGAACACACAGCAGGCGUAAUGAUGCAGAUGGUUCGAACGGCAUGUCGCUUCAGGUUACCUGGAUCAGCCGAUCCCUGGUUCAAACGAAUGUCAGUGAUUCUGGAGGAUUUUGCCUACACAGUGACAGUUUCUGGGCAGAAAGUGUUUGUUGUGAAACGUCAUAACAACCAACAUGAACCAAUCAACGUGUGACAGACAGAUGCAGUCAACGGUUCAUCAUAACUUUCUGUUAAAUGUGUUCUGUUUAUUUAAGUCAAUAAAGGUUUGGUAUUUACUACAAA